AUGGUAGGGUCAACCCGGUCGUCAACGAUCGCGGCGGAUAGCGACUCACAACACCGCGUUGAAGGCAGCGACUUUCGCGAAAAGUCCCUCGAUGAAGCUCCUGGCAAGAAGCAAUCCCUUCUCGGAGUUGAUGGGCAAGAUCUGACGGCCACUGGUCUGGACGCCUCCUCGCCAGUCCGCGCCGACGGCAAGCGCGAGCUCACCGAAGACGACGCCUGGGACAAGCUUGGAUACUCCCUUCCUACCUGGCGGAAAUGGUCCAUCUUCGUCCUGAUCCUCUUCAUACAGACGUCCAUGAACUCCAAUGCUAGUAUGUACGGCUUCGCAGUCGAGGGCAUUUCCGAGGAAUUCGGCGUAUCUACAACGAAAGCUCGGCUGGGUCAAUUCAUCUUCCUAGUGGCUUACGCUUUCGGAUGCGAACUCUGGGCACCCUGGUCCGAGGAAUUGGGAAGAUGGCCUACUCAGCAACUCUCGCUCUUCCUGGUCAACAUCUGGCAGCUUCCUACUGCUUUGGCGCCGAAUUUCGGAUCAGUCCUGGUGGCGAGAGCGCUCGGUGGCUUGUCCACCUCUGGCGGGUCAGUAACGUUGGGUGUCAUUGCCGAUCUCUACGAGCCCGAGGACACCGGCUUCCAAUACGCCGUCGCCUUCGUCAUCCUAAGCUCAGUCGGUGGAGCACCCAUCGGGGCCGUCAUCGGCGGUUUCGUCGGCCAAUACGCUGACUGGCAAUGGAUCUUCUGGACGCUCAUGAUCAUGGGCGGUGUCGUACAGCUUCUGCACUUCUUCCUAGUCCCCGAAACCCGCAGCACAAUCCUCCUUGACCGUGAGGCCAAGAAACGCCGGAAGCAUGACCCCAACGCGAACUUCUACGGUCCGAACGAGCUCAAGACCUUCAAGGAGCGCUUCAGCAUGCGAGAGAUCGGCAAGAUCUGGUGGCGUCCCUGGCUCAUGUUCUUCACUGAGCCGAUCGUUCUCUUUCUGAGUCUACUGUCCGGUUUCGCUGAUAUGCUGGUCUUCAUCUUCCUCGAAGCCUUCACGCCUGUCUUUGAGCAAUACGAUUUCAAAACAUGGCAGAUCGGCUUGUGCUUUCUAUCAUCGAUAAUAGGCUACAUAAUCUCCUACUUCACCUACCUGCCCGUCAUUUGGCACCACAACAAGACCCGCAAGAUCGACCCCGACCGCCUGUCUCCAGAGAGCCGCCUCUGGUGGCUGCUUUUCUUGGUUCCGUUGCUGCCAAUUGGCUUGAUGAUGUUCGCAUGGACCUCCCUCCCACCCCCACAAUCCCACUGGAUCGCACCCCUCAUCUCCGCCGCCAUAAUCGGCAUCGCCAACUACGCCGUCUACAAAUCCUCCAUCGACUACAUGAUCGCCGCCUACGGCGUCUACGCCGCCUCCGCGACCGGCGGCAACGAUCUCGCUCGCGACUUCUUGGCCGGUAUCGCUGCAUUGUACGCGCACCCGUUUUAUGAGAAUAUUGGUGGGGAGGAUCGGCAUUUGGUGUAUCCGAGUGUGAUACUAUCCUGUUUGGGUUUCCUUAUCAUCAUUCCGGUGUAUGUGAUUUACUGGAAGGGCCCGACGAUUCGAAUGCGGAGCAAGUUUGCACAGGAGCUGGAGAAGGGGAGGAGGGCGAGGUUGGGGAAGAGUGGGAGGAGGAGCACUAUUGGGCGACAGGGAGGGAUCAAGUCUAAGAAUGGGAGUGUCGCUGAUGGCGCGCAGGAGAAGCAGGUCGAGCAGGUCUGA